GGCGGGGCAGGACUCGCAGGCUUUCUCCAUUUGUCACUGCAUUGAGAGACCGCACAGAAUGGGAAGGUGUCUACUCAGAGGCAAGUGUCCAGAAGUUUGAAAUAUGCCCGGAGCAUGUCUGGGGACACUUCCUGCCGCCUGAUAAAAAUCAAGGAAUCUCCUUGGAGCACUGAAAAUGCCAUUGGAUUGCAUUUGGGGACGCGAUGACUCUCGCCUCUCUUUCCUAUGUCUUCCCAUACUUCCGAUAGUUUACUAAUCGAAUUGAUACGAAAGAAAUACUUUCAUGAUCAUGAAUGAAGAGAAGAGCCUUGGUGUGUCUCAAAAAGUGUUGUCACCUUCACGGAGUACCAGCAGCUGCUCCUCUAAGCAAGGAAGUAGACAGGACAGCUGGGAGAUCGUAGAAGGACUACGGGGAGUUGUGAACUAUACCCAGGAACCACAGAGACAGGAAGGCUACCUGCUGAAAAAAAGGAAAUGGCCUCUGAAAGGUUGGCACAAGAGAUGCUUUUAUCUGGACAAAGGAAUUUUGAAAUAUGGAAAGAGUCCAGCUGACAUAGACAGAGGGAAGCUGCAUGGAUGUAUAGAUGUUGGGCUUUCAGUGAUGUCUGUGAAGAAAUCAACAAAAUGUAUAGAUUUGGAUACAGAAGAACACAUUUAUCAUUUAAAGGCAAAAUCUCAGGAAGUAUUUGAUGAGUGGGUAGCAAAGUUGCGCCAUCACCGAAUGUAUCGUCAGAACGAAAUCUCCAUGUUUCCACAUGACAUCAACAAUCAUUUCUUCCCAGCAUCCUCUGUUACGGAGUCUAUGUCUGGCCUUUUUGAGUAUGCGUCAAGCAGAAAGAGAGGCAGCAUGACGCAACAGAAUUCAAUGCAGACUGGAAGUAGUUUUUCAUUCUCCUGUUCAAACAAUGAGUCAAGGAUUCCACCUUGGCUUCAGUCUUCUGAGGAUAUGGAAAGAUGCUCACAAGACCUCUCCCACUGUCAUAACUAUCUCUUGGAAAUGAGCCAGCUUUUGCAAAGCAUGGAAGUUCUCCAUAGGACAUACUCAGCACCAGCCAUAAAUGCCAUGCAGGGCAUCCCUUUUGAAAGUCCGAAAAAAGAAAAAAGGACACACAGAAGGUGGCGUUCCCGAGCUAUUAGUAAAGAUGCUAAAGGAAUGUUGCAGGUACCGGCUGUUCUUUCUGCUCCAUUGAGACUGCAUGCUUCCAAUCCUAAUUUAUCUACAAUAGAUUUUGUGGAAGAGAAAGGUUAUUCUAAUGGUUCUGAAACAUCAUCAGAAUUUUCUAAAAUGCAAGAGGAGUUGUGUCACAUAGCACAUAAAGUGUACUUUACCUUAAAGUCAGCUUUUAGUACGAUAUCAACGGAGAGAGACAAACUGAAGCAGAUGUUUGAACAUGAUGCAGCUUCAUCUCCAUCUGCUCAGAUAGUUGGACUAAAGAAUGCCUUAUCAUCUGCCAUAGCACAAAACACAGAUCUUAAAGACCGGUUACGCAGAAUACAUGCCGAAUCUAUGCUCCUUGAUUCAGCAGCUAUUGCAAAAUCCAGCCCAGAUUUGGCAAAGGAAAAUUCAGAGGAAGAAACCAGGGGUCUGGUUCAUCAGCUUUCCAAUGAAAGUCGGCUGUCUAUAACGGAUUCUCUCACCGAGUUUUUUGAUGCACAGGAAGUCCUGCUGUCUGCCAGCUCUUCAGAAAACGAGAUAUCGGAUGAUGAUUCAUAUGCCAGCGAUGUCAGUGAUAACAUCUCUGAAGACAACCUAAGUAAUGACAUAGAGAAUGAAAGGCAAACCCUUGACUGUGUUCCUGACGGCCACAUGGAAUGCCAUUCCCAGCGGAGGACAUGUCUGCCAGCGCCAUGCCCCAAUACAAGUAACAUCAGCCUUUGGAACAUUCUACGGAACAACAUUGGAAAAGACCUCUCCAAAGUGGCAAUGCCUGUUGAGUUGAAUGAGCCCCUGAAUACUCUGCAACGACUCUGUGAAGAACUGGAAUACAGUGAGCUAUUGGAUAAGGCAGCACGGACAAGUAACUUGUUUGAAAGGAUGGUGUACAUGGCUGCUUUUGCUGUCUCUGCCUAUGCAUCCAGUUACUAUAGAGCUGGAAGUAAGCCAUUUAAUCCUGUGCUUGGAGAAACCUAUGAAUGUAUCCGUGAAGAUAAGGGCUUCCAGUUUUUUUCUGAACAGGUCAGUCAUCACCCUCCUAUCUCAGCAUGUCAUGCUGAAUCUGAUAAUUUUGUCUUUUGGCAAGAUAUCAGAUGGAAGAAUAAAUUUUGGGGGAAAUCCAUGGAAAUUGUACCGGUUGGUACAACACACGUAAUUUUGCCAGCUUUUAGGGACCAUUAUGAGUGGAAUAAGGUGACAUCUUGCAUUCAUAAUAUUUUAAGUGGGCAGCGAUGGAUAGAACACUAUGGAGAAAUCAUCAUAAAGAAUCUAAAUGAUCACACAUGUCACUGCAAACUUACUUUUAUAAAGGCAAAGUACUGGAAUCACAAUGUUCACGAGAUUGAAGGCAGUGUUUUGGACAAAAAUGGGAAAAUAGUGCAUCGGCUUUUUGGAAAAUGGCAUGAAAGUAUAUACUGUGGGACACCAUCUUCUCCAAACUGUAUCUGGAGAGCAAAUCCAAUGCCUAAUGAUUACGAGCAGUGGUAUGGUUUCACACAGUUUGCAUUAGAAUUGAACGAAUUGGACCCAGUCACGAGACCGAUGCUACCACCUACUGACACCAGAUUUAGACCUGACCAAAGGUUUCUAGAAGAAGGGAAUAUUGAAGAAGCAGAAGCGCAGAAGCAGAGGAUUGAGCAGCUACAGAGAGAUAGGAGGAAAAUUCUAGAAGAAAACAAUAUAGAGCAUCAACCUAGAUUUUUCAGGAAAUCUGCAGAUGACUCCUGGGUGAGCAAUGGAACCUACCGGGAACUGAGGAAAAAUCCUGGCUUUUCUAAGCUGGAUCAUUCUGUUCUCUGGUGAGAAUGGACAAGAGGAAAUUUAGCUGUUGAUUCUCCAAAUCAUCAUUUAAUAAGAGAGGAAAUGCUGCAUUAUCACCUUGAUCGUCUAGUAUCCUGCUUAAUUUAGGGGCACAUUUUCUUCGUUCUGCUUCUCUCUUGCUGUUUGGAUAGUAACCAUGAUUUUUUAAAAAUGUACAAAAAACUAUAGCUUUCUUUAUAAUAUUUAAUAAACUAUUGUUGAAUGUUAUCUUUGAAAAUUGGGGGGAGGGUGGCGGGGAGAGAACCUUGAACACUAUUUUUCCAAAGGAUAAUGCAAAGUUCGGAAUUAAUACAUGCCUUAUUGAACUGUGUAGUAGAUGAUACCAGCCAGCAGCCUUCAGCUGUGCUACAAAACCAGAAUGGACGCCCGCCCCCCAUAAUGUCAGUAAGCUACCAAAGCUGGAGUUGAGCGUGUUCGGAGGUCUCUUGCCAUCACAAUUGCUGAUGGUGCUCAAGUCUGAUUUCUUUUUUUAAAAAAUGAUUAAAUUCCUAUUUUUACUUCAUUAGAUAACACAUUCUAAGAAACAGUAUGAACUGAUCAAUAGUAUUGAUGGUUCCUGACUGCCUUACAUACAACGGACAGGCACAGCCAUUUGGAAGCUUUUUAUGCCUUCUUGGAAUCAAUGGAAUUUCGGCCAUUAAUUUCAGCAGGGCUUGCACAGGAAAUGUCCCAGAUUGUAUCCCAAAUAGUACACCUUACAAUUGAUUGUGCUAUUAAUUUAUCUUCUAGGACACAGUCCAACAAAAGUAUACUGCAGCUAACUUCAGUUGCAACCUAUUCAGUUGAUAUUUUUUAAUAGGAUUUUUACAUCUCAGCUCCAUUUUCCUGGAUUGUACCUUUUCAAAUUAGCCUCACAGAAUGUUAUCCUCUCAACCUAGAACUUGGAAAAAGCAACCUAAUGAAAAGAAUGACCUUUCUGCUUUAAAGAGCAUGAAUUCUUUGUUUCACUGGUACAAGAUCCUGCCAGAGAAAGAAACCCUUUUUCUUAAACAUUUGCAAAGUAGCUAAUUGUUUUAAGAGACAUUAUUUUCUGAAAAUAAGAUGUUGGUAUUUUCUACCUCUUCUGAGCAGCAUAUUUAAUAUCUAGUAUUUUUUUAAAAAGCUGACCAUCUGCCUUAUAGAUAAAUGUAUGGAAUAUAUGAUCUUCCUUUUAAAUGUUUUGUGUUUAGGUAAAUAUUUGUCUUGCACUAAAAUGGUUGUAUGUCUUUCCUGUAUCCUUUGUAUGUAUAAGUAAUAGUUUCAUGAGCAUGUUAGAACAGGACAUGGAAGUAGAUGAAAUAGCACUUUUGAAUGGCGGUGGAAAUCAUGUGUUUAUUUUUGUUUUGUUAAAUCACAGUUUAUACAGUAUUGCACAUUAUAAGAAGCAUGUACUCAAAAUUACUGCAGUCUGGAACACAAGUUUGUUCUGUCGGGUUUUGUAGCUAUUGCUUGCAGAUUGCGAGAAAAGCAUUGCUGGUUCACAAAUCCAGCACUUACUACUGUAAAGCACUCUUUUCGUUCCUGUAUUUCUUAGCAUAUGAUGUGUAGUCCUGCAUCCCAGUUCUAUACAUGGUAUUUGGAAGUAUGAUCCAUUAAUUUCAGUGUGCAUAGAGAACAACUGUGUGUGUGAUGGGAAGCCCUAUACAUGCCUCUCUUCCAAGUCUGGAACAACCUCUUCUAGAGAGAUAGCUUGUGUGGGUAGGAAAGGGGGGGCAUUACAGAAAGAGCUUGCUAGAGGAUAACUAAUAUGUUUAGAAUUCAGGUCUAUGGGGAAAGGUUUUCUUGUCACUGACAACACUCUCAUAAUGCAUAGCAUUUGAAAGAUCUCUAGUUCAUAUCUUCCUAUGUACUUUCUUUGAAAUUUUUAAAAUACUGGGCCAAAUGAAGAUUCUGUGUAACAUUUUGCAAGUAUUCCAGUUUAAAGGUGUUCUCUGACAUCAGUUAGAAGUUGUUUUUUUUCCUUAGCUUAUUUUUACAAGAUUCUACAUAGCAAGUGCUGCUAAGUAUUGUUAAACACAAAAGCCACAUUGACCUUUCUGAGAAAACAAACCUGUUUUCUUAUCACCAUGUUCCCAUUGUUAAGGAAACAGCCCCAGUUACACUUAAUCAUUUUAUUGUUUUUGUUUUUUCCUCAAGUUUAAAUUAGCUAUGCUGUAAUUAAAUAAUAAGGAAUACCUUAUGCAAUUAUGACAUUUUUUCACUGAUUAAUAUUUUCUGUCAUUUUCUUUAGGAUUAUUUCUGCUAAACAAUUUAACAUAAGCACUAAAUGGUUUGUUUAUAUAAAUUCUAUUUAUUUGAUUUUUUUUCCAUUCCUAGUUAAAAUCUCUUCCAAUUUUUUUCAGGUUUUGGACAGGUCUAGCAUAUAUGUUUAUAAUUUGUUUUGUAUAGCUCCUCCCGCACAAAUGGUCUCCAUGUUUACAGUCAAUUAAGAGUGAUUCUUUAAUUUUGCCUCCAGAAACUUCACUGGUUUUGAUGCGUGGCUGUUCUUUGGAAAUAGUAUCUGCUUUUUACAUUCUAAGUGCAGUUUUUAAAUGUUUAAUGUAGCUAUUAAAGAGUACAGUCAUUGUUCACGAACCAGGAGCUGACUCUUACCGUGCAUGCAUUAAUCAGUUGCAAACUGAGAUACAAAUCUAGUAUCUAGGAUUCAGAAAGGAACCUGGUCUGUUAGUUGCUGCUGCUUUUAUUUGUGGAGAUCCAGUCCCCUAAAGCCAUGAUUCCAUGAAUGUCACUGUAUCAAUUUGACUGUUUAUUUGUCUUUUCAUGUACAAAAUAGGGAGCUGGUGCAGGAUGAAAUGAUCAUAUAGCCAGUUCACCAUGUACAGUGAUUAUAUCACACUCUGUAUCUCAGUAGAACAUAGAAUCAUGUUGACAGAUAUAUACUACUUUAGCAUAAGUCUCCAACUUAUUUGAUACUAUGCGAAAUCAUGGCUAUUCUCCUACCCACCCUCAAUGGGAGAGGAGGAAUAUAUAAUUAAGUGCUUGGUCACACAUUUUAAAAAAUGUUGUGCUACUUCUGAAUAUUUCCAACUAUUGGAGUUGUAGAUGGCACCCCCCCACACACACACACAGCCUGUUGUAACUUUAAAUGUUAGGCAGUCUGGCUUUCCAGUACAGGGAUUUGCUAAUGAGGGAAGGGAGUGGGUUUACUAAAAUAUCGUGCAAGCAUGUGAACACAACCACACGUAUGGUGCUGCCUUGAUUCUUGGGCUCCACUUAGUUGUAUAAGAGACUGACACACAUUCACACAAAUUGGCCUUGCUCCGAUUAUGUUUUGAGUGGUGAUAGAUAUGCGUGUUCACAUUGUGUGGAUAAUUGCAAUUAUAAAAGAAUCUAAGUACCCCCGGGGUAGAACAAGUAUGAAUUUGAAUAAUUCGGAAUGUCAUUGAACGCUUGCUGAUAACUGCUAUAUACCAUUUCAUCUUGACUGCUAUUUCUGCAUCAUUUGAGGGCACUUCCUGGCAGAAAGAUUUAUCCUGGGUCCCUAACAUCUGCAGUCUGGCACUGAGCUGGCUGUGCCAAUUUCCUUGCUGAGCUUUGCUAGCCCACACAGACUGGUAGACUUUGUACAGGAGGAAAACCAAUUGUUUUCUACUUUGAUUCAGUCAUCUUUAGGAAACUGCCAUUGGGCAGCCCUUUUUAGUUUUCCUUCCUCCCGCCUUUGGGUACUUUAGAGGACCACAGUAGGAGCAACACCUCUACACUUAGGGAGUUCCAAUUCCAACCCGCAAAUACUUCAAAUUGGUGUUACCAGAUGCACUUGACUGUUAGUGAGCUCAAAGAACAGUCUGACUGAAGCUUGUAUUUGGCUUGAACAACAGCUGAGUCACGGGACCCUAUAUCUGAAAAGUAUAAAAGAUAACUGGAGCAUAUAGUGAAAUUAAGAGGAAAGAGGAGAAGCACUGUAAGAAUAGCUGUGAAUUAUCAAGAAAUCGUGAGAAUUCUUUGAAUGCUCCCUCAUAAGUUACAGUUCAAGUGCUCUACAGUAUAUGGCAAAUUAAAUCUUUUUUAAUUUGAAUCCAAAAUACAUUUUAAUUCCAAACUUUAAAACAGAUUAUAGUGUGUGAAUUAUGGGAUGUCUGGUGUUCCCAAUUUCAGAUCUUAAAAGACAGAAUGUUUGACAAAAUUCAAAUUUCAGUUGGAAAACUUGAAGAAACCUGUACUUCCAUUGUGUGUGUGUGUAAGGGGGGGGGGGGUCCUAGUACUCAGGUUUUCAAAACAAUAUUUGAUUAUCCACAUCCAAAGCUACAUCUAAACGUCAUAGCACAUAAACAAACACAGUUGAUCUCUGCUUUGAAAUGAAUGUGGGAGGCCCUGGUAGAUGACAAAACUGUAAAGUGUGAAAAAUAUGAGGAGAGAGGAAAUCACUGUUGUUAUUGAUAUUAGUAUUCAAUAUUUAUUUAAAAUUAUUUAGUACAGAAUUUAUAAACUAUCUUGCAACAGAAGUCUGUUUCUAAGGUGGUUUACAGUCAUACAAAAUGCAAGUAAGAGCAACCCAUCCCCACCACAGCCAUCUUGUGAGGUAGCUUAGGCUGAGAGGUUGUGACAAGCCUAAGGUUAUGUAGCAAAUUUUUAUCACAGAAUCCAGUUGUCUCAGGUCCUACUUCUGUGCUUCAACAGCUCGCUUUUUGUGUCAAGCAGCAAACAUUUCAUAGUGAUUAUUCAGGUCCCUCUUAGUUGCAUAAUUACCACUCUCUGUUUGGGUUAGAAGUGCUUAUCUGGGUUAAAUGUAGGAAAAUCCUACAGUAACACAGUGGACCAUGACAGUUCUAUGUAGAGCAAUCACCAGAGUAUGCGAACUCAAGCACAGAAUCUUUAUCUUUGCUUCUAAAGGAACUGAGAUUGUGCCUCCCAAAAAACUAAAUCCUGUGAUCUAUAUGCAAACUAAACACAUCUGCAUAUCUUAUUUUUCAUAAUGUUAUCUUGUUUCUGCUAGAGCAAAGAGGGCUGUGUGGUGCAUUAGAACCCCCUCAAAGCACUGGAAGUCUUCGCUCAAUAGCUCCUCAGCCUUUUCACUGGCUUUUGCAUAUGCACUUUGAAGCAUCUCUUUGCAGCCAUAACAGCAGCUUGUGAAAGUUGGGGCUGUCAAUACGCUGAAUUUUUGUUCCCCAGUAACAUGUUCUGUACUUGCGGGGGGGGGGGGUGCCAUCCCAGCACUGGCUUUAUUAUCCUUUUGAGUACUGAAUAUUUUGAAAUGAAUUGACUUGUAUAAUUGGGCAGGUAACUUUUUUAAAACUCCUUUUUGAUUGGUGUGAGAGAAUGAUGUUUCCAUUACAAGUAUAUUAUUUGGAUGAAAUGCAGAACAAAUCUGAUAUGGAUCACAUUCAGUGUAGUUGAAAUCUAGUAUUUGUAUUUAUGCACACUGUAUUUGUAGCUUUUUGUUGUGCACAUUUGAUAUGGGGCCAAAGGCUCUAUUCCUUUUACUCACAUUUUUAAAAACAAUUCAAAGCAAAUUUCUGCUCCCUAUGGCUGUGAGAGGAAGUUUGAAGGGAAUGUCUACUGCUGCCUUAAACCCAACAAACUACAGUAUCUCUCCCUGUCCACAUGCCCCUGUCCUAGAGCUUUACUUAUUUACCGUUAACAAUCAUUCCAUAAAAUGUCCAUGUAUUAAAAAGCAUCACUAAAUUAUGCAAAUGAACUUAACGAAUUCGAAGUUGCCUGCAUUGCCUGGUGGAUUUCUUUGGUGUAGAAUUUAAGUUCCCUUUUUUACAAGGCUGAACUUUGAGGGAGGGCUUUUUUAAUGCUGGCACAACGUGGGUGCAUCUGCCCUGCCCUCUUUUCCGGUGAAUCAUCCUUUUGAUAGUGAAAUGAUCGGAGCUCACAGCCUUAGCUUGGAGGAAAGUACUCUUUAAAAAGAACCAGGCUGUUAGACCAUCUAAUUUUUCUUCCCUGUGCCCUGUUUUGUAGUAAAUUUGGAAUAAUUGAAGUGUACUUCUAUAGUUAGUACAAGUCAGGCUAGCAGAGAAUUAGCACUAAUACUGAAGUAUUCUUGUGUUUCCUUUAUAUAAGAAGUUACUGGGACAGGAAAACUUGAGGUAAGUUCAGGGGGCCAGAGCAACUAUUAGCUGCCUCUAAUCCCUAACCAAUUUGACCUUUAUGUAGAGCUUCUCUACUUGAGAUGUGUUGGUGCGUGUUUGUCAAGUGUAGGGAGACAUAAUGUUAGCCGGGAAGGGUAGUUUAAAAAGACAGCUACAGUGGAGAUGGCUUCUCAGAGGAUUUGUUAAUUUUGUCUUUGCCUCCAGGAAGGCUUUGUCAAUUUCACCUCUCCAAUCUAAAACUGGGGGGGGAUCGCAGGAGGAAUGGAGGAAUGGAAAUGGACUGGUGCUACCUUUCAGAGCUGGGCUUGGACCUGGAGAAGUUAUAAUGGUGAAGUUUUCCCUUCUGGCAUUUCACAGCCCCUUCAUACAGCAAAACCUUUGCCCUACCACCGGCUCUGUCUUUUAAAACUACCCUUCCCCGCUAACAUUGCAUCUGCCAACACAUAUUCUUCACUUGUUAGAUGUCUCGAGACUCGUAGUCACAGACUAUGCUGCAAUCUGGUGAUGCACAGUCAUGUAGUCAACUAACCUAAAUAUGUUUUACACAUAUGUUUUACACAGCAAUGUUGUGUAUAUUCACUAGCCCACCAAUUUGGGGCUAGUGAGGAUUUCAUACUAGAAAUUCCUCUGCUGCUGUUGAGUUCAUGGUUAGCCUGCUGCCCCAGUAUGUGGAAUUCCAGAUAUUGUUGCAAAUUUGAGUGAGAUUUUAAUGUCAUUUAUUUUAUUCCUAUAAUGUUUUUUCCACGUUAGUGUCACCUUAGAGUGCUCGGAAGAGAAUGGUAUGGCAGGGAUCCUUCCAUAUUUAAGGCCCUUUUAGUUCCAUGAGAAGAGUAUAAACUACCUUUCUAUGACAAAUUUACUAAACUGAUCGCAAUCUCUCUAUAUAGCUAUGCUUGUUUAGAACAAAUAUUUUUUCAUCUCCCAAUUCUAAGAGCAAUAAAUCUGUUGUCAUUCUGCUCUCUCUCUCUUAAGUUGUUGGCAUGUUAAUCACCUUUUACAAAUUUCUUCAUCUCACUUCAAGAAAUUUCACAGAGUUGUUUUAAAUAACAGUCACUGUAGAUGGCUUGUGACUCCAGACUUCCCUUGACUUCUACUGAUUCAGUAGGAUUUGGGUGCCGUUGUUCUUUCAGAAUUGGGCAUAGUGUUUCAUAUCUUGGUUUCCAAGUUAUAUUUCAGAAUAGGCUCGCUCACGUAUGCAUGCUUCACCUGCUCCAAAUGUUUAACUGUUGAAUUGAAAAAUCUUGCCAUGCAUUGGUUUUGUUUGGGAAGGUAUUGACUUGAUCUGGUGACAGGACUGUAUCAUACUCUCGAGGGUAUGACUGCUGCAUUAUGAGUCUUGUCUCUUCAUAGUUGCAAUAUUCUCGUCUUCCACUUUGUUUUCUUUUAUACAGUGUGCUGGCUGCAAUAGUUCUGGCUCAUCUUACUGUGUAAAGUAUGAGGCAUUUUAUUCCUGUAACUACAUUAGGUAGAUAUUAAUAAAUAUUACAUCUCCAA